GCCAGGGGUGUGUCAUAACGGGGAGUGUCCCGGGCCAUAAGCAUAAACGGCGGCACCCAGCUCCACUGUGCCCCCGACUCGACGCCUCUCUGCUCCCGCUGCAAAUAGAAUCUCUCAUCGCGGCUCAGUCAGGUCCAAACCCGUGCGCUCGUCUGUCCCCGAUCACAGCCCACGCUUUAAAAAUAAGACAGGAUGGCACCGCACCACCCAGAGUUUGAACGGGCUGGACAGAAACCAGGCCUUCAGGUGUGGCGGGUGGAGAACUUUGACCUGGUGCCCGUUCCAGAGAACCUAUAUGGGGGAUUUUACACAGGAGACACCUACCUCAUCCUCAACACCAUCAAACAACGCUCCGGGAACCUGCAGUAUGACCUCCACUUCUGGUUGGGUGAUUUCUGCACCCAGGAUGAGAGCGCCUCAGCGGCCAUCUUUACUGUCCAGAUGGAUGACUUCCUGGGAGGAAAACCCAUCCAGUACCGUGAGGUCCAGGGACAUGAGUCCAAAACCUUUCUGGGCUAUUUCAAGUCUGGAAUCAAAUACAUGACAGGUGGCGUAGCAUCUGGGUUCAAACAUGUUGUCACCAAUGAGGUGACUGUGCAGCGGGUGCUCCAGGUCAAAGGGCGUCGUGUUGUCCGGGCAACAGAGGUGCCCGUCAGCUGGGAGAGCUUCAACCAGGGAGACUGCUUCAUCCUGGACCUGGGAGAUGAGAUCUUCCAGUGGUGCGGCUCCCAGAGCAACCGCUUUGAGAAGCUGAAGGCAACGCAGGUCUCCAAGGGUAUCCGUGACAACGAGCGCAGCGGGAGGGCCCGAGUUUAUGUCUGUGACGAGGGGAUGGAGAGAGAGAAGAUGUUAGAGGUUUUGGGUCCUAAACCAGAUCUGCCUGUAGGAGCCUCGGAUGACAUCAAAGCUGAUGCUUCAAACAGGAUGAGGGCCAAACUCUACAAGGUGUCCAACGCCAGUGGAGGAAUGGCCAUCGCACUGGUGGCAGCAGAAAACCCAUUUGCCCAGAGCGCCCUGGAGUCUGGCGACUGCUUCAUUCUAGACCACGGCUCUGAUGGCAAGAUCUUCGUCUGGAAAGGCAAAGAUGCCAACAUGGACGAACGAAAGGCAGCCUUGAAGGCAGCAGAUGAGUUUAUAAAGAAGAUGGGUUACCCCAAACACACGCAGGUCCAGAUACUGCCAGAGAUGGGCGAGACUCCGCUGUUCAAGCAGUUCUUUAAAAACUGGCGGGACAAAGAUCAGACAGAGGGCUUGGGCGUGGCCUACAUCUCUAACAGCAUCGCCAGGAUCGAGAAGGUGGCCUUCGACGCUGCCAGCCUGCAUGACUCCCCGGCCAUGGCUGCCCAGCAUGGCAUGGUGGAUGACGGCAGCGGAGACAAACAGAUCUGGCGUAUCGAGGGUUCUGACAAGGUCCUGGUGGAUCCUUCCACAUAUGGACAGUUCUAUGGAGGAGACAGCUACAUCAUUCUGUACAACUACCGCCACGGAGGACGUCAGGGACACAUCAUCUACAUGUGGCAGGGCUUGGACUCCAGUCAGGAUGAAAUUGGGGCCUCAGCGAUCCUCGGUGCCCAGCUGGAUGAAGAGCUCGGCGGUGGCCCCAUACAGGUUGUUGGUGCUCCUAUAACCACACAGGUGAGGGUGGUGCAGGGCAAAGAGCCGAGCCAUCUGAUGAGUCUGUUUGGAGGCCAGCCAAUGGUGGUGUACAAGGGGGGUACAUCCAGAGAAGGAGGUCAGUCCGCUCCUGCAGACACACGACUCUUCCAGGUGCGCGCCAACUCUACAGGGCACACCAGAGCUGUGGAGCUUGAUGCAGUGGCAUCCAACCUGAAUUCCAAUGAUGCUUUUAUUCUGGUAACCCCCGGAGACUCCUUCCUGUGGGUGGGAGUGGGUGCGAGUGACACAGAGAAGCAGGGAGCCCAGCAGCUGUGUGCCAUCCUGGGUGUGUCUCCGACCUCCAAGCUGUCUGAGGGAGGAGAGACUGAUCAGUUCUGGGAGGCUCUGGGAGGAAAGGCAGAAUAUCGCACUUCUACCAGACUCAAGGACAAAAUGGAUACUCAUCCACCCAGACUCUUUGCCUGCUCCAAUAAGACAGGAAACUUCAUCAUUGAGGAGGUACCUGGGGAGAUGACCCAAGAUGACCUUGCCACUGAUGAUGUCAUGAUCCUUGACACCUGGGAGCAGGUGUUUGUCUGGAUCGGCAAUGAGGCCCAAGAGGAAGAGAAGAGUGAAGCCAUGACAUCUGCGGUCCGUUACAUCGAGACAGACCCAGCCAACAGAGACCGACGGACGCCCAUAGUGAAGAUCAAGCAGGGCUUCGAGCCUCCCACCUUCACUGGCUGGUUCCUGGGCUGGGACCACGACUACUGGACCACUGACCCUCUGGACCGCGUUAUGGCUGAACUGGCUGCGUGAGCUCUCACCUGAGCCCCCCCCUCCCCUAAGGCCCAACCCCGCUGCUCCACCGCAAGCAACGAGCUACAAUCAUAAAGACUUUAACAGCUGGCAACACACCCUGAAAAUGAGAGAUUUCUUUUUUACAUUUUGUUGGUUUCCAAGGGAUAGAGGUCGACAAAGCAGUGUUUUAAUUCGCUUUGUCUCACAUACUACAGUGAUGCCUUUAUAUCCGUUAUGAAUCCAACCAAUAACAGCAGAGCUUUGACAGAUACACAGGCUUCCUACAGGGUUUUGCACAAGUCUACUACUAUGACUUUUACUGAAAUGCAAUUUGUCUAUUUUUUAUUUUGACAAUAAAACAUGUUCACUAGUGAAAUGUAAUGACAUCAAACAUACAGUAAGACAGUUUAAAGCCUUGGGGUGAUGCAACACUGGAGAACUGCCAAGACCAGACCGCUUAUUAGAAGCAAUAAAACUGAUGCCUUAAUCUUUCCUCUAGUUUACAGUGAACCCAUUUCAAUUCUGAACCUUUUUAAAGGUACUGUUCUAGUUUAAAAUGAGUUGUUUGUACCUUUAGUUUAGAUGUCACAUAUUUAUUUUUUAAAAAUAUGUUAGAUUCUUACCUAGGAAGCUUGGGUGAUGUUGCAGUGGCCAAAUUUUCACGAGAAACCCACGCUUUGCCGCUUUACAUAGUCACGGCUUCUGUAACACCGAGGAUUCUCUAAGCCAUAUUUCAAUAAACCUAAAUGAACCAAAUUAAAGAGUGCUGUCUCUACUUUUACAAACACGCCUCUGAAAUGAAUUUUUUAUUUUGAUAGUACAUUUACCCAAAGGCCUCAUACAUAAAUAUGUCAAAAUAAAACAAAUUCAAAUAUUAGCAAACUGUAGAAAAAAUAGGUUGUUGCAAAAACUAACAAUCAUAAAUCCUGAAAAAAAAACUAAAAAUAUUAAACUAAAGAACUCCCUGACUUUAAUGAGCAUAACCAGAGAAGUCAUUUAGUGGCCUGCAGCAGUUCAAACUCUUAGAGAAGGUCUACGUGUACUCUAAAUGGCUCCUGCAAUCAGAUUAAUUAUUAUGCAGCUGCAGCACAAUAACACUAUUGCAGCAAUAUUCAAACAUACAGACAUAACUGCAGUAAAAAACAAACAAACAAACAAAAACACACACCAGGGUUUGUAUUCCAUAAAACAGAAGGGGAAAAAAAUCUAUAGUUCCACAAAAAAAUCUGGGUUCAGGUGUGACAAACCUAAACCCUCCAAUUAGUCACAACAAUACCAUAAUAAAAAGUGUGUAUAUAUUUGUUGAGCUCAGUUUGUGGAGAUGGAGAGAGAGAGAAACACUACUAAGACAUAUACUAGAUACUGUGACUUGUGCCCUUAUUCCUCAAAGGGA